AAAUGUGCACCUGCUGGUCCUCAAACGAGUGUAUAUAUAGUAUAUCGUAUAUAUUGAUGUCAAAAUAUACCUCUAGAAUAACUCGUGCCUUAGCAUUAGUGUUAGCUAACAGUGAAGCACAGGGGUCUCGGUCUGAUACAGUGGUUGUGAUCUACCUGGAGUGUCCUGAUCUCUCUCUCUCUCUCUCUGUGUCAGACCGACCCUGCUGACCAGCAUCGCACCCAGGUGUCAGGGCUCGGUGGGCUCCAUCGUGGGUCUGGUGCCCGGCGUCAUCUCUCUGUCCCCGGGCGAGUCUGUGGCUGGAGCUCACCAGGGACGCCACUCCAAGUCGUCCCAGUACCGACGCAUGAAAGCCGACUGGAAGACCAACGUCUACCUGGCCCGCUCUCGCAUCCAGGGUCUGGGUCUGUAUGCUGCCAGAGACAUCGAGAAGUGCACUAUGGUAAUUGAGUACAUCGGCACUAUCAUCAGGAGUGAGGUAGCCAAUCGCAAGGAGAGGCUGUACGAGUCACAGAACCGCGGCGUGUACAUGUUCCGGAUUGACAACGACUUUGUGAUCGAUGCCACCAUCACUGGAGGACCGGCUAGGUACAUCAACCACUCGUGUGCUCCCAACUGCAUCACGGAGGUGGUCAAUGUGGAGAAGGAGAACAAGAUCAUCAUCAGCUCCUGCAGACGCAUCCAGAGAGGAGAAGAGCUGUCUUAUGAUUACAAGUUCGACCUGGAGGACGAUCAACAUAAGAUCCCAUGUCACUGUGGAGCCGUCAACUGCCGCAAAUGGAUGAACUGAACACACACACACACACAGACACACAGGCAGCUCUCCCUCUCUCUCUGAGGCUGGAUGUCCUUCGCCCAUCGCUCUGUGGGCGGAGCUACACUUCAUAUCAGAAGUACAUAUUAAUAAUAAUAAAACUGAUCACAGAUUUGAUCAGACGUUAUAAUAAUGAUGAUGGGGGGGUGAUUGACAGGUGAGGGGCGGGGUUUAUGACGAGGCUGGUCCUCAGUGUGUAUAUUGCGUGUAAAAACGACCACAGAUGUAAAUGUGAGUGUAAACGCCACUGAAAUAACAGAAUGUCGUCAUCCUCAGAGGAGCUUUAUUAACUUGCACUAAAAAAACCCAGAAAACUACAAAAACACAUACUUGACUCCUCCUCCUCCUCUUCAUCCUCCUCUUCCUCCCUGCGUUUUGUUAAUUUCCUGUAAAAUAAGAGAUUUUUUUUUCUUAUUGUAUUUAUUACGAAUGAAGCUAUUUUCUAAAAUCCACGGUGAGUUUGAGGUCCGGAAUCGCAGCGUGUAAAUAUGUGUAUCAUAAAUUUAAAAACUCCACCAUGAGCUACCUUAACAUCCUCAUCCUCACCUUCAUCACCUGCCCUUCAGAGCGCCCUUCUGUCAGAGUUUAAAUAAAGUUUCACUCUUUCUGUUUCCUUCCCCCCCUCCCCGGCGCUGGAGGUGGUGUGUUUUGAUUGGACAGACGGUGUCGGGCAGGUGUCACUGCGGCCUUCAUCUAACUUUUGUUUCCUUCCCCCAGUGUUUCGUCUGCAGGCGUCUUUAGGUUGUUUUUUUCACUUUGUGUUGAGUUCAGGGUCCUGCUGCCGUGUAAAUAUGAGCUUUCAUCGGGACUCUGCUGAUGUGUACAGUUUGACGACAUUAAGACUUGUUUUUGUUUUUUUAUUAUUGGACGUAAACAAAGUGUGAUGAUGAUGAUGUUUUUGUUGUUUUUGGGAAAAUGUGGAAUCUGAUUUAGAAUCAUUUACAUAAAAUAAAAUAUUUUACAUCUUGAA